UUGAAACCGUUGGUCACGUGGUUAGUUUCCGGAGAGUCUGUGUUGUCGUGCUACAGCGGUGCUCUUGAACGGACCAUCCUCAUAUUUGCUCCCGGCUCAGUUAGCAGUCACUACAGGGACAGAAGAGGAAUGUCGCGCGGUAUGACUGAGGUGAAUGAUAUAUCCAAUGGGGCUGAUUCAGAUGUAGCAGAAAAAAGGGACGGUAAAGAGGGUCAAGUCAAAUGGACCCAGGAAGAGGAUGAAAAUCUUAAAAUCCUGGUGAAGAAUUUUGGAAAAAAAGAUUGGAGCACCAUUGCCAGUUUUUUUCCUGGGCGGACAGAAACGCAAUGUAUGCUUCGUUGGAAAAAAUAUCUCGAUCCUGAUUUAAUCAAGGGAUUUUGGUCCAAAGAGGAAGAUGAAAAGAUCACAGAACUGGUGGGCAAGUAUGGCGUCAAAAGCUGGACUAAAGUUGCCAAGCACUUGAAGGGGAGGUUGGGGAAACAGUGUCGUGAGCGCUGGAUUAACCACCUUGAUCCAAUGAUCAAGAAGAGCAGCUGGACUGAGGAAGAGGAUCUCAUCGUCUAUAAAGCCCAUUCAGUUCUUGGCAACCGGUGGGCUGAGAUUUCCAGGCUUCUCCCUGGAAGAUCAGAUAACUCUGUGAAGAAUCACUGGAACUCAACCAUCAAACGCAAAGCAGAGUCGGGCUUGUUCAAAGAGCAAGCUAAUGCUAUUUCCCUUGAUAUUCAACAAUUUGUGGAUGAAGAGGUGGACUUCAUAUGUGAUGUUGUAAUAGAUGCUGAUCCAGUGAUGCCUGAAAUGGCCAGGUCUGAGAAAGCAAAGCUACAAAAGGAAUAUGAGAAAGCAAAACAGAAGCAUGCUGUACAAAAUUCGCAGUUUUUGGCAUCAAGGGCAGAUGUGUCCUCCCCUAGUCCCUCUUUGCCUCCCAGUUCAAGUUCCAGUCCGAGUUCUGGUGUUGCAUCAUCAACCAUCCCAGUUGACCAAAAAAAGUUUGCUGAUGCAGCACUGAGGAUGAUUGCGGAGGACAUGCUGUCCCUUAGUUUUGUUGAAGGCACAGGCUUCAGAUCAUUCAUGAGUACCAUCAGUCCUGAGUACAACAAACUGUCCCAGCGCGCCAUGGCCCUGCAGCUCUACAAGGAUGUGGAAAGAACCAUCAAGCCUCAGCUCAUCCGUGACCUCAAAGCUUCCCUUGCCAAAACCAAAGAUGGUGAAAAAGCCAUUCAUGUGACCUGUGAUCUUUGGGCGGGUAAUCAAUCCCAACAAGCAGAAGGUCCGAUCCUUGUUGUGCAACUCCAUUUCAUUAGUGAUUCCUGGCAGAUCUGUCGUCCUAUUGUGGCUUUCCGUCACCUCAGCCACAAAAACCUCAGCACAGCCGUGGCAAAAGAGCUGGAGGGGGUGCUGCUGAGCUACGGCAUCUUUCCUCAUAGCAUCGGCUACCUCUUUGCCAAUCAGGCCAAAGAAUUCCUUGCUGGAAACAAUUUGUUUUGUGACUACAAGAUUGUAUGCUCAUCUAACAAGGGAGAACCAGAUGGAGAGGAAAUCUUGGCAUUUCUGUCAGAUGAGAUGUCAGAAACUGAGGUCCCAUUUUCGAAUCUACAGAUUGGGACAAAGUCCAUCUGUGUGGCCAAAUCUUUGCAAAUGGUGAUCAAGGAUGCCUUAAAAAAUUCCAGAGUAGUUGAGAACUUGUUGUCCCAGGUCCACAAUGUGGUUGCUUUCUUCAAGAGCAGCACCUACUGGAGUGAGGUUUUGUCGAAGGAGUACAACGUCUCUUUGUGCCCAUCCUCCAGUAAUUGUCGCUGGAACUCCAUGAUGGUAUCAUUACGGCGAAUGGUACAGGAAAGUACCUGGAGCACUGUCAUGACUCUCCUGGCCCACGCUCGCAUAGAGGCUACAGAUGCAGCCAGUGCACCUCCACUGGUCAUGGUAAAGAGGGAGCAAGUGGCUGACAUUCUGGGUCUACUUGAGCCAUUUGAGGAAGCUUUACAUGUCUUGCAAGGAAAUGGUGUCACUAUCUCUUUCAUCAUCCCCUCCCUAAUUGGGCUUGAUAAGGCCUUGGAGAGCCGUGCCACCAACUACACCCAUUUUUGCAAGGCUCUGCGCACAGGCCUCAAGACACACUUCCAGUCUCUGACUCACCAGAAGGACAUAAUAUUAGCUGCUGUUCUUGACCCAAGGAUCAAAUUGCAGCCAUUUUCUGAUUCCAAGCCAGAAGCCCAGACCGAAUUCUUAACCGCUCCUACCAAGCUUGAGGCUCAUACUCUUCUAAAAUCCUCAUUAGAUACCACAGAACAGUCUGCAUAUUCCCCUGUGGAGGUAGAUAAAGAGCAGACAGACAGUGAGUUGACAGAAAAACAGGAUGUUGGAGAAGAAAGCCAAGCUAGUGCAGUAAUGGAGGCAACCGUUGACAACUCAGACGGCUGUAAAGAAGUCAGUGGGAAUAACCUCAAACGCAAGUCCAGCUUUAGUGUCCUCCAGUCACCUACAAAGAUGAAGAGGAUGUCACAGCUUGAUGUGUACUUAUCUGAACCACUGUGGGAAAGCAACUACAACAUUCAAUACUGGAAAUCAGCCCUUAGGUUCCCUCAGCUCCAAGACAUUGCCAAGAAGCUGCUAGCAGCACCAGCCACUACUGGGGGCUUUGACCGGCUUUAUCCAAUGGCAGCAUGUAUUGUGAAAGCCAAGAGAAAUCGCCUGCCACCUCACACCACAGAGAGACUGCUUCUGUACAAAAACUCUAUAAAGGGAAAGGCUGAUAAAAAGGCCAAUGGGGUUGCUAAACACUAAAAGGUUGGGUUACAGCUUGGUCUCGUUUUGCUAUCCAGAACCAGUAAACAGAAAAUAUGUACUGUUUGCUCCAAGUACUUCUACUUUAGAAUAAGAUGACUAAGUGUAAGUGUUCAUAAUGAAAUGCUGUUUUUUAUUCCUAUUGUACAAAAUAGACUACAUUUCAAUAACAAUGAAUAAAAAUUUGUAAGUUAUCUAUACAACACUUAAGCAUUUGGCCCACUUUUUUCUUAACAUUAUAUUGAACCAUUUUAUGUACCUGAUUGAGUUUAAACCUUAAUCUGUAACGUUUAUACACCUCUGCUUGCAUGCUAUCAAAACAGAAAACUAUGUUAGAGCCCUUUUUUUAGAAUUGGGAGAAAUACAGAAAUGGAAGAUUUUUUUUAAGGUAGAAUAUUUCAAGUGUGUGCCUCAUCAGUGGAAACAUGUUAGUUUGCAUUUCCAUCUGUAUUUAAAUGAAUUGUACAAUUUACAAAACUUUUUCCCCUUUCCUUUCUGUUAAUUGUAAGCUACGUACUGUAUGUCAAAUGUAAUCUCAGAUGUAGUUUCUUCGGACACUAGCUAAAACGUUGAAACUAUUUUUCAGAUUUCUGUAACAUUAUUGUCAUAUUAGUUUUUUCUGGAUGUUUGCGUUACUUGACAACAUUUAAAUGCAGUAAUGAUAGUUCAUAUUGUGCAGAUGGACAUCAUGGUUCCUCACAUGAGAAUAUAAAGGGAGUAUAUUUCUAUUAAAUAAAGCCGUUUUGUCUA